GGUGAGCUGUGUCCCUCGGACACAGCAGAUCACCGAUCCAUGGAAAGAGCCGAAGAUGACGGCUCGGUCAUGUGAUCAGCUGUGUCCAAUCACAGCUGAUCACAUCAGCGCCACCUGUCAGUGUCCAUCAGUGCCAGCUCUUAGUGCUCAUCCAUGCUACCUGCCAGUGCCCAUCAGUGCCACAUCAGUGCCACAUUUCAGUGCCACAUCAAUGCCACAUCAAUGCCACAUAUCAGUGCCCAUCUGAGCUGCCUUUCAGUGUCACCCAUCAGUGCCAGUCAGUGCCACCUAUCAAUGCCAGUCAGUGCCACCUAUCAUGCUGCCAAUCAGUGCCACCUAUCAGAGCCUAUCAGUGCCAGUCAGUGCCGCCUAUCAGUGUGCAUCCGUGCCGCCUAUCAGUGCCCAUCAGUGCUGCCUAUCAGUGCUGGCUAACAGUG